AAAAAUACUCCGCUCGAACAGUUACUAGUUACUUGCAACCACCGCCAGCAUCGUCUGACAUGGCUUCCUAUGCCAUCAGGAAAUCUAUAAAUCUCGCACCGACCGUGCGCGCGCUCCCAAAUGGGAUCCCGAGCGCGCCGCGUCUCAAUCUCGUGGCACGAGCACCUUCGGAUGGCCAUGGUCAUGGUGCGGCAGGUCCCCGUGCUGAUGUCCCCACACGCUUGACUGGAACAGUCACGAGUCCUUCAGUCGGUCUAGUUUCCAAGACUUUCGUUGCUCCUCCCCCCACAACCCAUCUCCACCAGCGCCUCAUCCACACAUCUGUGGCAGUGAAAGAUGCUCCUCAAGUGCCUGAUUUCACCCCAUACACCCCGAAAGACGAAACCACCAACCGUGCCAUGUCGUACUUCAUGGUUGGCUCUCUCGGUGUCCUCUCCGCUUCUGUUGCCCAGUCCACUAUUACUGGCUUCCUGGAGACCAUGGCUGCAUCGGCUGACGUCCUCGCUCUCGCGAAGACCGAGGUAGAACUUGCCAGCAUUCCGGAGGGCAAGAAUGUCAUCAUCAAAUGGCGUGGAAAACCUGUGUUCAUCCGUCACAGGACCCCCGAUGAGAUAGAAGAGGCACGGACUGUUGAUUUGAAGGCACUCAGGGACCCUCAAAAGGACGAGGACCGAGUAAAGAAGCCCGAAUGGCUGGUUAUGCUUGGCGUUUGCACACACCUAGGUUGUGUCCCGAUUGGCGAGUCGGGUGACUACGGAGGAUGGUUCUGUCCAUGUCAUGGUUCUCACUACGAUAUUUCUGGUCGUGCCCGGAAGGGACCUGCUCCGGUAGGGGUGUUUCCUCUGUAUUCCGAAUUCAUACUGACACUAUCUUGCAAGCUUAAUUUAGAGAUUCCUCCUUAUGACUUCAAUGACGCCGAGGGAAAGCUCGUUGUUGGAUGAGAUUAAUCAUGUGCUGUUUUUACUGUCCUGUCAUGGAGUCGUAGACAUCACUAGAAGUCAGCUUGCAGUUGCGUCUCAUCAAGAUUUGUGUGAUAAUUAUUGCUGAGGUGUUCUGAGUAUAAGUGACAGCGGCCGGUACACAGUACAGUGAGAUAGACAAACUCGUAACGACUUACAACUGGUUGGAAU